CUACACUUACUAUAUCCUUCAAAUUUCAAACAAUCUUCUGAGUUAUGCAGAUAGUAAGACCAACUUUUAUAGCGUCAAUUCGGAAAACUCCCAAUUGUCCAUUUGCUCGAACUUCAUUAAUGGCAACUCUUGAAGAAACUACUCCUAAUACUAAAGUUCACCAUCACUACGCUCACACUGAUCCUUGUAAGGAUUUGCGAUGGACUUCGAGGGAAAGCUACCAGUUUAUGUAUAAUAAGCCUUGGAAAGCAGUUAAUGAUUUCUAUUAUGAUUUGGUAAAUGGGUGCUCUACUUUGGCUGAGCUAUUUAGUCUCAAGGAUGAGGAGGACACUUCGAGUUCUGGUAUCUUUGCUGUUGAAAACUGUCUCCCUGAAGAUAAAUCUGGAAGAUGGGAAAGAGUGACAUUCAAAAUAUUAGUCUCCUAUCACGGGGAGUACUUUGAUGGUUGGCAGAAGCAACCUGGAUUGAAUACUGUUCAAGGAUUGGUGGAGAGGUCCAUUGGGAUAUUUGUUGAUGAAAGGAAAGCUCAACAACUGAAAGCUAAGGGUUUACCUGUUGAAGGGAUGGCGGUUGUUGCUGGUCGUACAGACAAAGGGGUUACAGCACUUAACCAAGUUUGUUCAUUCUAUACUUGGCGGAAGGAUGUCAGAAUUGAGGAAAUUGAAAAUGCCAUUAAUAUGGCUGCUCCUGGAAAACUUCGAGUUGUAUCCGUGUCUCAGGUAUCACGUGCUUUUCAUCCAAAUUUUUGUGCCAAAUGGAGGAGAUAUCUCUACAUAUUUCCAUUGGAGGAAGGAGACUGCAGGGAACUGAGACCUAAAAAAGAGACAGACAUUAUCUGCUCUGAAAAUGGUCAGAACUUGGGUAGAAAUGAAAUAAAUGAAGAUAACACAGAGGAGGAAUCAAAGGACCCUCAUGAUGAUGAACUGGAUUUGGUAAAUAAACCAACGAGCUUCUCUGUCAGGAGAGUUGAUCAACUUUUACGACAGUUGGAAGGGAAGUUACUUUCCUAUAAAAUGUUUGCCCGAGACACCAAAGCUGCAAGAAACACUGGUCCUCCAACAGAGUGUUUUGUCUUUCAUGCUCGAGCAGCUGAAGCUAGAAUACCAUGCUCUAACAAGGAUCACGUAGAUGGUGCGAAAGUUAUGUGUAUCGAGCUUGUUGCCAACCGUUUCUUAAGAAGGAUGGUUCGUGUUCUUGUUGCAACUGUAGUCAGGGAAGCCGCUGCAGGUUCAGAAGAGGAUGUUUUACUGAAACUAAUGGAAGCUACUUGUAGACGGGCUACUGCCCCGCCUGCACCGCCUGAUGGUCUCUGCCUAGUUGAUGUUGGAUAUUCUGAUUUUGACCCUGAAAAAUGUUUCAUUCAUUGAAUAAAUUCUUCCACCAUUACUAUAUUGAUAUGUUGUAGAAUCCCUUUUCGCCGCUCAAUCACUUGAUUACUGUAAGAACGAUAAUUGAAUAUGAUUAUUGAGGAAAAUCAAUUUGACAUCAACAUGUCUUCUUUGGAUGGUUUAAGAAUUUAUAAAGCUAAUAGAAAAUUAGAUUUUGUCUCA